UGUAUCGCAUCAAUAUGACUUAGAGAGAGGCUUACCCAUUAUACCAAUCUUGAAGCUGUAAUACCAAAUCAUAUACCUGAGCAUAGAAAGUUCUUCCAAAAUGAUUCAAUUUCAAAUGCUCCACCAGGCCAUUUCACUUGCAAAGAACAAUAAUGUUCCAUAACCGAGCUCUCCAAGGUAUCCACUGAUAUCUUUGUACGUGCUUUGCCUAUAAUGAUUGCGUGUCCAUGUGUCUUUACAAAACUGCUUGAGAAGAACACAAUGAAGUCAUUGAUAGGAUAUUCAUUGAGAGUUCAUACACUUGAAUCUCAUGCUUUCAGUACAUUGGAGACAUCUACGAUCGUUUCUCCAGUACGAAGAUUACAGAAAAGGUAUACACCUGGUUCACUUUCCCUAGGUGCGAUGGCUCAGACACUUUCUGCUUCUCAGUCUAAGAUAUGCCCAAAUGCACACAUCACAUAUGAUCUACUACGAUGUGUCUUAUUGAGAAGGAACUACGUCUGUGAAGAUGAUUUGAAGGAGGCAGAACUCGUCUUGAAGCUUUUGAGCAAUGCUUUGCAGGAUUAAAACCAUGUUGAACUGAUCAAUGGUGAUGCUCUAUGGUGGGAGACACUUCAAGUGUUGAACCCAUUAUAUGAUACAAGGGAAACCCAACUGUUAGAUGAAGUUGAUAAUGCUCUUCACAUUGAUGAUUCCAAGGGAAUUGGCGAGUUCACCAUCACACUGAACGAGUAU